AACAAAAAGAGUCGGUCCGUAACACCGUCACUCCGGACAGUCGGAUACAUUUUUCGAUAGCCGAUCGCGACAAAAGUGCUCCAAAUUAGUCGCAAAGUGUCACGGAACAGUGCCGAAAUUUAGUGAAAGUGUUUUCCCGCUGCCGGGACCAGUGCCGAACAGUGAAAAUUGAUGUGCAAAAAUUGUUCCCCCAGGAAGGCGUCAUUUUCUAUCAGAACUUUGCUGCUGCUUCGAGGCAAUCGGAGCCGGGCUAGAAAAAUUACACUCAUUGACAGCGGCGGAGAGCUUUCGCUUGACGGAAUUUGAGAAAACAUUCAUCGGAACGCAAUCGUCUAAUAUUAGGUUUCCCAAAAACAGUAUCAUAUUUAGAAAACUCAAGUUUCAUUCACAACCUUCGCCAAGAGAAUGGAUGAAUAUAGCGAUCAAACCCCUCCGGCGGACGAACCGGUUACAACCGCUGCAGAAGGUGAGCCAGCUUCAACAGCGGAAACAGAUCCAACCGUCGGAGAACAUGCUACGGAUCAAGAGACACUCGUUGAAGCACACCCGGAACCGACGGAUGAAGGUGGACUGUCUAUAGAACAAGAACUGGAAAGCAUGGAACAGGAAACGGAGCCGGGAGCGGUCGAUGCAGGACGAACAGUCCAUCAAGAGGUAAUCCAAGGAGAAGAGGUAUCCAACUCAGAAACAUUCGAUGAAGAACACGUCGAAGAAUCUGAGACAGCUGUUGAAGAGCAGGGGGUUCAAGACGCUGUCGAUGCUGCGCAACCGGAUGAGCUUGCUGGAGCUGACGUUGUGGAAGGUCAUGAACCGGCUGACAGUCAAGAAGAAAUUGAAAAAUCCGCGUCAACAGAACAAAUGGAAGUUGAUCAAAGCCCUCCUGCUCACGAAGACGAAUCACAACCUUGUGAUAAUACUGUAAACGACGAUGGCGGCGGUGGAGGUUUGGAGCAGACUAGUCGCCCGGAAAGUAGCGCUGCGGAAGAAUCCAAUACUGGUGUAGACGAUGGAGAUAGUUUUACGCCAACACUUACCGCAGUCGAAGAAAAGGGCGAAAGCCAAUACGUCGAUCAAGAAGAGGAAGCCGAAACGGGUGAUAAAGACCGCCGGGUGAAUGAAAGCGAACUGUUAGAUGAUAUCGAAAUGACGAACGUCGAAGAAAAUCAACCCCACGGAGAGGGAGAACCGAUGGAUGAGACGGACAAGUCGCACGAUCGAUCGACCACGUUGGAUCCAUUCGAUCAGGUCAAACAUGCCGAACAGUCCAAGGACGAUUCCGCAACGCAGCACAAUGAGAGCAGUAUGGCCGAGGAAGAAACGGCGGUAGCCGCCGAUACCACCGAAAUGGAAGAGGACGAAUCCCAUCAUGAUGACGAUGGCGAUGACACGGCUGCAACGGCCGAUGCGAUGAGCGAAACCGUUGCCACCGAGGGAGGUGACCAUGCUGAAGAACACACCGAGGGCGUCGAUGAGGUGACCGAAAGCGAAGGCGUGGAUGAGCAUGUGUGUCUGCUGCCGGACGAUGAGCGUGAACCUUCCGAGGCGGACAAGGAAAAGGCGCGUGCCGUGGCCAGUGCAGAUGAAGAUAAAGAUGAACCUUCGGGCACCACCACAGAUACUUCGGCGGAUAAAUCGGCUGAGCAGCAGCAGGAGGGUCAAGAUAAAGAUCAGGUUGAUGGAGAGUCGGCCGAUACGGAAAGUGUUGCGGCUGAGAAGGAAUCAGAAAAGGACGGCACAACUGAGGAAGCUGAAGUUCGAUUGGAAGCUGGGGCUGAUCAAUUGGAUGAAACGGAACCGGACAUUGAACCGGUUGCUGAUGCCCCACCACAGGUCAACGAAAUCCGCGAGGUUCCGGAACCAAUGGAGUACACUUGUUUGAAAUGCAGCGCCACCAAGAUCUGCGAGUAUAGUUUGAUUCAACAGGACGGAGAAGAGGCAAACUUUAUCUGUUCUUUCGAUUGUGUCCAGUCGAUGCGUACUGAAAACCCUGGUCGAUAUGUGCUCACUCAGAAACGGGUAUCUAUUGUGCAAAUAUUUGAUUGCGAGGAACAAUGUCUGCGGUGCAGUAAAACCACAACAUGCAAAUAUCGUUACCUAACUGGAAAAACCACCGAAGGCGUCAAGUAUAAAUACCUUUGUGACAUGAAAUGCGUGGAGCAUUUGACCACAAUCAAUGGUGAAAAAUAUGUACUGAAGAGAAAACGUUAUCUCAUUGACGAAAAGAUCGAAGCAGAGGAUAAAAAGUGCAUACAAUGUAACGAGAAUAAAAGUUGCAAAUACUUUUUCAUGCAAGAUGAAGAUGAGCUGUUCAUUUGCCAUGAAGAUUGUCUGAAUCUUUUGAUGACGGAACAUCAGGAUUUGUUCCGGUUGAAACGUAGAUCGGUGAGGGUACGGGACCUGCCUAAGCGUGUUCCAAAUGAAUCGGAAAAUCCUCCAGAACCCGCUAGCAAGUUUGUGGCACGAUCGGAGGAAGAGGCGGAACAUGCUCGCCUAGAUAGGGAGGCCAGCUACAUGAGACGUUGCGCACAAUGCUUCCAACUGAUUCAACUGAACGACAGAACCCUGCAGUGGGAAACGUUGGAUUUCUGUAACGAGAAAUGUUUAGGAGUUUAUCAGAACUCGGUCGGUUCUAACUGUGCCAUGUGUACUAAUCCAGUUUCGGUGACCAGUUUGGGCAAAUACUGCGUACGAUUUGGUUUCGAUGUACGUCAGUUUUGCCGUUCGAGUUGUUUGGAUCAGUACAAGAAGAACCUGAAGGUUUGUUCCUACUGUCAGCGAGAUAUAACCGUUGGAGAUUUGGGAUUCCUGGCACCCGUCGGAGAUAAGGGUUUGUUCAAGGAUUUCUGCACCCAGGCGUGCUUGAAAAAAUACGAAGAAGUUUUAGAUCCAUCAAAGCGACAAGUUAUGCAUACUUGCGCUGUCUGUAAUCAUGAAAAGAUUACGAAAAUUAACGUCGUUUUGGACAACCGAGAGCACUUUUUCUGCAGUACCCCGUGCUUCUCAGCGUUCAAGUUUGUUAAUAAUGUGAAUCCGGACGAGUGUGCCAUGUGCAAAAUGUACUUCGAACGAAAGUCCACAGAUUCCUAUACUAUUUUCACCUCUGAUCGUGGACCGGAAGGAGCGCCGUUCUGUACAAAGAUUUGCAUGAACCUCUUUAUUAUCACCAACAGGAAAAUAGUAUCGUGCAACUGGUGCAAAGUUAAAAAGUAUAACUUCGAUAUGAUUCAAAAAUGUGUCGGUAACAUGGCAAUGUGUUCUCUCAAUUGUCUUACAUUGUGUGAAGUUUCCGUCAACGCACUUUCGAUGAAACAGAUCCACUGCGAUCACUGCAAAUUAUUGAAAACGCCCCAGUAUCAUUUGACGAUGAGUGACGCAAGUGUGCGAAAUUUUUGUACCUACCAGUGCGUUAUGUCUUUCCAAAGUCAGUUCAAUAAGACUCCCCUGACAAUUGAUUCGGAAGAAGCUAGGAAUAGUCCGGUUCCAACUGGUCUUCCGAAGCGUGUGAAGAAAACUGCUACCCUACCAGCAUCAGCAUUGGCCGCUACCUCAGCGACGUCACCGGUACAAGCUACACAAACGUCUGCCAAAAAGGGCCGACCCUCACGGACAGCUGCCGCCGUGGCUAACGCCGUACUGAACUCCAGUGAUAACCUACCGGUUAUAGCUUCGGUACAAUCGCUAGCGUCACCAGGGACAGCGGCAUCAUCGUCGAACCUUAAUCGUUCAACCCGUUCCCGUGGUCGUCCAUUAGGCACCUCAGACCUCAACUCUUCAGUUGAUAUGCCUCAGCUGCGGGUUUCAUUGGAACCACUUACCGUACAGUUGGCCAGCAAAGAAAAGGAAAAGCCACCGCCACCGCCCAAAAUUGAGCAUAGAACACAAAUCGUCACAAUUCCCCCAGAGCCUAUUAAGGUAGCAAACGCAACAACAAUGUGUAAACCUAUUCAACAAUCCAAAGCUGUCAGUUGUCGACCGGUGCAGUGUAACGUGGAGUGCCAGACCGAAGAAUGGCUGCAAAGGAAAAUUGUCAUUCCAAUUCCAGUACCGAUAUAUGUUCCUACACCUAUGCACAUGUACUCUUUGCCUACUCCUGUUCCAGUACCUUUCCCUCUGCCGAUACCUGUCCCAAUUUUCAUUCCAACUACACGAAACUCCGCCAACGGUAUCAUGAAAGAAAUCAAGAAGAUUCAGGACAAGAUGCCCACAGAUCCAUUCGAGGCUGAGCUGCUCAUGAUGGCCGAAAUGGUAGCUGGCGAAAAGAAAAAAGACGACAGCGAUUCAGAUUCCGAUGAUGGUGGAGCAGCCGAUCAGUUCACAAGCACCAACAACGACACAAUCGAAAACAACACUUCGUUCAAUGAAGAUCUGGUUCAAAUGGCCCUCAAGAUGGCCUCGAACGACUUCGAAGAUCCUCCAGUGGAUCUAGAAUCGGCCAUGCAGGCAAACACCAUUGCCCACCAACAGCAACAAGCUGCCCACCAAGGCUACGACGACGGAUCUCAGCAGCAUCUGCACCAUCAUCAGCUGAUGAUGCUUGAGCAGCAACGACAAGCUCAGGCAGCCGCAGCUGUCGCAACCCAGGCUCAACGGGGUCGCAAACGAGCACCGGCUACUCCACGCGCCAAUAACAACAACAAUCGUCAGCAGAUCUCGCCUAACAAACGGAUUAAGCGGGAACAAAUUAGUGAACCUUCGCCGGAACCACCGCGGGAACCCGUCGAAAAACCGGACGCCAACAUGUGUCUCAAGUAUACCUUCGGCGUUAACGCUUGGAAGCAGUGGGUGCUCACGAAAAAUGCCGACCUCGAGAAGAGCACAAUUCGGAGAAAACCGUUCAAGUCGGAAAUCCUGCAACUCACGGCGGACGAACUCAACUAUUCGCUCUGCCUGUUCGUUAAAGAGGUGCGGAAACCUAAUGGCACCGAGUACGCCCCCGAUACGAUAUACUACUUGGUUUUGGGUAUUCAACAGUAUCUGUUUGAAAAUGGACGUAUCGAUAACAUCUUUACCGAUCCAUAUUAUGAGCGGUUUACGGAUUGUUUGGAUGAGGUCGCCAAGAAAUUCUCCGUUUUGUAUAACGAUUCUCAAUAUAUUGUAACCCGAGUGGAAGAGGAACACCUAUGGGAGUGUAAACAAUUAGGUGCCCAUUCCCCACAUGUUCUGCUCAGUACCCUGAUGUUCUUCAACACCAAACACUUCAAUCUUACGACGGUCGAAGAGCACAUGGAAUUAAGCUUCUCGCACAUAAUGAAACACUGGAAGCGAAAUCCGAACCAGGGUGGAGCAAAAAUGCCUGGUUCACGAAACGUUUUGCUACGUUUCUAUCCGCCUCAGUCUUCGCUGGCUGCGAAUUCUCGAAAGAAGAAAGUUUACGAACAACAAGAGAAUGAAGAGAAUCCGCUGCGAUGUCCGGUGAAGUUAUACGAGUUCUACUUGUCCAAGUGUCCGGAAAGCGUAAAGACCCGCAACGACGUGUUCUAUCUGCAGCCGGAACGUUCCUGUGUGCCCGACUCUCCCGUUUGGUACUCGACACAGGCUCUCAGCAAGGAGGCCCUCAGCAAAAUGUUGCAUCGCGUUAAGAUGGUGAAAGAAAUCAACAUCGCACUGCUCACCAGCUAAUGAAACGAGACCCAGAACAAUAACGAGAUAGAUGGUGACAUCAACUCUACCAACAACAACUACAUCAACAAAAGCAGUAAAACGAAGGGCGGUAAUAAAGUGGCAGCUGCCGCGGCCGUUGCUGCCGCUGCUUUCUGUACGAUGAACCAGCAAGUGGCCAACGCGCUCAGUUCACUUCCAUUCCGUAACUCCCAGUCGACAGACGAAGGUAGCGCCGUCAUCAUUGGAAACUCAUUUGGAAUCACCAAUCACCAACAUCAACAACAGCAGCAGCAGCCUCACUCCGGCAACAACAACAACAGCUUUAUGGCCAACAACACAACCCGUCCUCCACCGCCACCGGAUUACGAUUAUUACUACAGCGAUUACUAUCGCCGGUGGAGUGGGAUCAUGAAUUUCUACAAGUAACCCCUGGGCAAGAACAGUUAGAUGAUAAAUCGCCUAUCUUUCUCACUCUCUCGAAGAUUCACCUACUUGGAGGUUUGCCCAAUGAAGGGAACUUUUAUUCGUUCCCGAUUGUACAUCAGGAAGAGUGUUUCCAAAGUAAUCGUGCCAAGCACCAGUCAGUGACCACUUCUUCCUUCUCUUCUUCAAUCAUAAUCAAUCAAAAAUAAUUGGGAAGAUUCGUAAUUUUUCACAAACCUAUGCGAGCAUUAUUUUUUGCCGUAAAAUUUAUAAGUUUUGUUGUUAUAUUGAUUUGAGUCAGCUCAACGCGUGUGCGUAGAUUUUAUUUAAGUUACAAUUGAAAAGGAGGAAAAAAACAGAAAAAAAAAUAACCGGAAACACUUAUAUUGUUCUUAGGUUGAAAUGCUUUUUUUAAAUUUAGGUAAGAGACUAAUUUUGCCAUUCAGGUAAACGAAAAACCGGAAAACCCCGAAUGAACGAUAAAAUUUAAUGAUAGUGUUUAAACCUCCCUGUAAAUAUGACCCUACAAGAUUGCUUAAUAUAGUGAUUAGCAGUAAAUGGAAAUCUUAUCCUUUGUAAUAAACUGACAGACAGACCUUCUACGCUCCUAAGAAAAAAGAAUGAAAACAAAAAAUCCCAUUAAAAUCAAAGCUACAAAAUUAACAUGGUAUUGAUAAAGAAGCAAAAAUAUUGAAUCUUGAAUGAAAGAUUAAGCUAUUUAAAAGUAAAACAUAGAUUCUAGUAAACGAACACCUGUAGAUGGAAGAAACUAAUGAACGCAACACAUCCACAUAAAACAUAAACAAGAAUUAACAAAAUCGUACCGAUACACACAACACACAUCUUUUGCUGUUAACAGGAGAAAAGAUACAAACUCUAUGAAAUUAAUGUAUUUCUAUAGUAGCAAGCUCGAGAGAAUCACAAAGCUAAAAACCUUUCCCAAUGGAGUCAUGAGAAAAUAAACAUUGAUUAAAGUAA